AUGCUCGAGGUGCUGCCGCUUCCCAUUCCUGACGCUCCUGGGUUUAUGAGGUGCCGUGCAGAGUGGCUGGACCAUGGUACGGUCCCCGAGACUGGCCUGGAUGCUGCAAUCGCUGAGGGCUGGGCAGUGCUGGUCGUGCACUCCCUGAACCACCAAUCUGCUGGGCACGCUAAGGGCAGCCCAGUCCCCACUGGCCCUCUUACGGCGGCGCAGGAGAGCUCGAUGCGUGUCAUUUGCAAGGCUGCCAAGUACUUCGCCGCAGACUCCGCGAAGGACUUCCAGGCUCCGGACUGGCAUGAGGUCGUUGCUGCACGUGAUAUCACGUACGGAGGCGAGGAGGUAUCGCGGGCCCUGCCGCUCACGCUGGGAGGUGUCAUGCCAGGCCUCCCGCCGAGAGGCGUUGCUGCUUCAGUGCGUGCGCUGGACAUCGCCGACGAGCGCGUGGCUGGGUGGCUGGCUGAUCCCACGUUGGCACUGCUGCCCAAGGCCGAGUGGCCGGAGGAGGUCCCGCGGGCAGCCAUCCAGGCUAGCUCGAAGGCGGAGUGGCAUCGCAUUGGCGCCAAGCUGGUGGAGUUAGGCCACGCGGUGCCCAUCGCCGAUGACCGGAUCUUCAAGGUGGGCAACAGGAAGGUGCUGGCAGGUGCUUUCGGGGUCGCCAAGGGAGGAACUCCCACUCCUGGUCAUGAUGUGGCGCAGCGGCUCAUCACCAACAUGGCCCCCGCAAACGGCUACCAGCGGACGAUGCGGGAUGACAUCGGUACCCUCAGCGCCUCGCCGUCGUGGGUCUCGAUUCCACUUCCUGAGGGACAUGCGCUGCUGCGGUCCCCCGACGAUCGGGCAUCGGCAUUCUACUGCUACGAGUUGCCCGAGGCGUGGCAGCCAUACAUGACCCUAGCUGAGGCGAUCCCCAACGAGCUCAUCGGGGUCAACGGGGCAGGGAAGACGCACAUCGCUUUGCGUGUCAUCCCGAUGGGCUGGGUCAAUGCUGUCACAGUCUUCCAGCGCUGCCAUCGGCGGCUCGGCUUUGGGCUGAAGCCACUUGCUGCAGUGUUCCCGCCCCAGGCUGAGUGGAGGAAGGACCGCCCUUUGCCCCUGAGAGCGAAGGAGCUGCAGCAAGCCUGGGUGCAGUAUUACACCGACGACUGGGACCACGGGGAGAUCGUCCAGAGUAGCCGCCUGAACGAGCUGGGCGGCACGCUGAGCGAGGUCCAGGCUGAGCAGCGAGCCGCCUACAAGAGGAGAGGCAUCCAAGUUGCUGAAGGCAGGGCCAAGCACCGCGAGCUCGUCCUGGAGCGCAUGGGAGCUGGGCUAGACGGCAUGGUCGGGCGAGUCGGAGUCACAGUUGAGAAGCAGCUCCUGCUCUUAGCGCUCGUGAUGUCGGUGAUGGGCCAGCCUCAGGUCACGGUCAAGGCAAUGCUUGUGGUGCUGGGCCGCUGCGUGCGCGUGGCGGAGGUCCGCCGGCCGUUCAUGGGGUUCCUGAACGAGUGCUGGGCGGAUGGGCAGUGGCGGUGCCCGCAAGCUGUGCCCUCUGUCAUGUGCGGCGAGCUCCUGGUCUUCUGCAUGGCCCUCCCCCUAGCUGUCACCGACUUGCGGGCCAAGAUCGACACGGGGGUGAUUGCCACGGAUGCGAGCGAACAGGCGGGCGGCAUCAGCCAUUCUGCUGGUCUCACCGCUCGGGGAGCGCAGGCCGCCACAGGCGAAGGAGGACUGUGCGAGGAGGCCGUGCACACCACCUUCGCUGCGCCUCAGAUGAUACGAUGGCGGCCCCGCGUCAUUUCAGUGGAGUUGUUCGCCGGGGCUGCUGCCGCUGCUGUGGCCGCGCAUCGCCUGCCCAUGAGCGUGGCCGCCCACCUCUGCUCGGAGGCCUUGGACCUUGCGCGCUUCACCUUCAUGCUGGAGGGCUUCAGGCGCGACGCAGACUGGGUCUUCAUUACUGCAGGGAGUCCGCGUCAGGAUCUCUCUGCCUUCAACGUGGUGGGCAAGGGCCUGGAAGGGGACAGGGGCAAGUUAUUCUGGAAGGUCCCUGCCCUCAUCGAAGCCUCCCAACGCAACGCGUUCAGCAUGGGCGCCGAGGCAAGGGGCCAGUUCUCGCAGGCGCUGGGCGUCACGCCUGUGCUGUUAGAGGCGAAGGACUUUACCAGGGUGCGCAGUCCCCGUCUUUUCUGGUGCUCCUGGCCCGCCUACAGUCACCUUCCGCACGGCGCAAGCAUCGAGGUGAAGAGCGAGGGCAUCAGUCAGCAUACCAAGGUUGAGGUCAGCGUGGAGCGCGCAAGUGCUGACCUUUGGCCACUGCCAGGUUGGAGUCUGGACGACCCUGAGCUGGACCUCCCUUGCUUCACCAGGCCAGUACAACGGCGACGCCCGCCGCUGAGGCCUGUCGGCCUGGAGCGUGCCAGCCCCACUGCGCUGGCGCGCUGGGCCGCAGAUCAGCACCGCUAUCAAGUCAACAAUUAUGAGGAUGCCGUGCUGCUUUGGAGCGCCGAUCGAGCGCAAGGUAGCUGGAACAUCGACGCCGAUUUCAAGACUCCUGACUACAGGCACGCUACCGCUGAGCGGGGGCUCAUCGUCGACUUCUUGCGCAUAGCCGAUCGGGGGGGCACGGACGUCAGGCUUGACUGUGGUGCCCCGUACCGAGCUCGGGCGUGGCCAAGGUCGGCUCUGCGGACGUCGCUGUGGGCUUGGCGCAUUGCCAAGAGUUUCAAGUGGCAGCGACCAGCUCACAUCUCUAAGUCGGAGCUGAAGGCCGCAGUGGCUGGAGCCAGGUGGCGCUGCAGAGACGUGGCGAAGCACGGCUGCCGCUACCUGCAUCUUCUCGAUGCCCAAGCGGUGCCAGCAUUCUGCACGAAGUGCAGGUCCAGCGCCUGGCGGCUCCAGCCAGGGACCAGGCGCCUCAAUGCGCUCACGCUCGCGACCAACUGCUACCCGAUGCACGGCUACUGCGACACGGACGACACGCCCGCGGUGAGGAUAGUGGCAGCGAAGGCUCUGGCGCGAAGGACGGCCGCCCGCAGCAGGCCCCUGCGAGAGCUGGCGGUCACCCCUCUCGCGCGGAAGCGCUACCAGGAGGCGGUUGACAGCGUCUUUGACUGGUGGGUCGAGCAGAAGCGCGAGGUCCAAUCUGCAGCGCAAGCGGACAUGGGCCUGGUUGACUACAUUGAAGGGCGCUGGGCCGCAGGAGGGUCCUUGCUCGACGUCAACUGUGCUAUCGCAGGUAUGUGCCACCACUUCCCCCCGCUCCGCGGUCGACUCCGAGAGAUUUGGCGCCUGGCUCGCACGUGGCAGCGUGCUGAGCCGGCAGGGCGCGCGCUCCCAAUCGCACCGCUCAUCGCACUUGCGUUCUCCAGCGGCUUUCUCACGGCUGGAUUCCCAGCCGCCGCCGCCAUCCUGCUGGCAGCCUAUGACACGUACCUCAGGACAGGGGAGAUCUUGGCGUUGCGUUGGCACGACAUCACUAUUUAUGAAAAUUCAGGCUCAGCCAUGAUCAGGCUGCGCGAUACCAAGAGCCAGCACCACACGGGAGCGGGAGAGUUCGUCAUGGUGCGCUCGCAGACGGCAGUGGCGCUGCUACUGAAGGCACGCGAGCUGGCAGGGACUGCCAGCCGGUGCGAGGAGCCAGCCAUUGGCAUGCCGCCCGCGGCUUUCCAGCGAGUGUUCGCGGAGAUCCGCUCGCGCCUCCAGCUGGAGGACCAGAGGCUCACCCUCUACAGCUGGAGGCGAGGAGGCGCCAGCGCCGACUUCCGCUCGCACGGGUCGAUGGAGACCACGCUGCUCCGAGGGCGCUGGGCCAGUGUGCGGACGGCGCGCCUGUACGUCCAGGACGCCGUCGCUGGGGCGACGACGCUCGCGCUGCUGCCA